CGCACCGCGCGCGUGGUCAGUCGCGGUGUGACAGCGGGCGCGCUCGUACUGCGCGCGGCUGUGCCGCUUCCCGUCAUGAGCCUCCUGGACACGCUUCUAGAGGCGGCACGCUUCAUCGAGUUGCAGGAGAGGCGCCUCCAUGCCGAGGAGGAGCCAAAGUCACCGGUGUCAGUGCGUGUGGUGACUGGGUUGCCGGUGACGCCGCGCAGCAACGGUGUGGUGCGAGCUACGUCGCCGAUGCCGGUCGCGCCCUCCUGCCCACCGGUAACCCCCGCUGUCGCCUUAGAACCGGUGCCAGCACCUGUUACGACCGCCUCCGCGCCCGUCCUCGACUUCGUACAAGAACAUUCCAGGCCCCGUACCACGAGUAGUAGCCAUGGGCCGCUCCAAAUCCCAUCCCCUCCAUCGGUGAGUAGCAGUAGCGGAAGCAGUAGCAGCAACUGCAGCGCACCACGCGCUGGCACACGAGAAGUGCACAACAAGCUUGAGAAAAACCGAAGAGCGCACCUUAAAGAAUGUUUCGAGUUAUUAAAAAGGCACUUGCCCGCAACACCAGAUGACAAAAAGACUUCUAAUUUGUCUAUACUUGGAUCCGCCAUUAGAUAUAUACAGGUGCUACGACGCAAGGAGCGCGAGUGCGAGCAUGAAAUGGAGCGGCUGGCUCGCGAGAAGAUCGCGGCUCAACAACGCCUCGCUGCUUUGAAGAGAGAAGUGUCUGUGCGCGCUUCGGUUCGUCCCCGGAGUAUAGAUCCUACUUCAGAAGACAAAGAUAGGGACGAAACUGUCACUAAUCAAGUUUUAGGAAUUCCUAUAAGUAUUACCUCUUCGCCGCCGCGAUCCAUAGCACGAAUGGAAUCAUCGCCCCCCCGUACCCUAAACUUAAGCACGAAGUUGCGCACGUUGCCAAUCCAAAUAACGCCAACCACCUCGCAGGUGGUGCGGACGUCGUACGGUACGAGGCAUAACACCCUUACAUUAACCACGCUUGCACCGGCGGACACUGCCAAUCAGAAUGGCCAACCAGAGAAUGGUGUUACGAAUACGCUUAGUACUUUAAUGCAUCCCACACAGAUACAUCUUCCUAUAUCACAAGUAAUGGGCAGCGGCGGACUAGUGGUGGGCCCGGCGGCGUUACAGCUGGUGUCCACUAGCGGUGGCCUGCGCGUGCUGCAGGCGCCCAUACAUACCAACGGCAUAACAGGGGAUAAUCAUAGGAAUCACAAAGAAAACGGUCUUGUUUCACCGACUCCCGUAUCCACAGAGGGUGGUAGCGUGGUGGUGAGCGGUCUGACGCCGCUAGUGGUGUCCCAGCCCGCCGCCGCCGCGCAUCUGCUGCACGCGCACACGCUUACACACAAGAUGGUGGAAACGCAAAUGGUGAAAGGUAACGUCGCACCGCUUACUGUGAGUGCGCAAUACCUAAGCGCUACCACUAUAGUGAAGCCAGUGGUGGUGGUGAGCGCCUCGCACACGCCUUCCGCGCCCCUCGCGCCCGCCCCCGCCCCGACUGCAUCCUCCCCGCCCGCGUGAUCCCCGCCGUCGCCCCGCUCACUCCCGCGCCUGCGCCCGCACGUCCGCGUCCUCGCAUACACCUUCUGAACGCUUAUGAACGCCUGGUACUUCAACUACGGAAAACUGGUUCACCGUAACCCAUAAUUUCAGAGGAAUGUGCAAAUUCAGAUUGGAUGGAAACCGCAAAUUUGGAUGGUAUUGUGGUAUUAUGGUCGUAUGU